GCUUGAACGUCGCUCGAAACGCACGCGAUUCUUUGUUACUCCUCGAAGAGAGAGAGAGAGAGAGAGAGAGAGAGAGAGAGAGAGAGAGAGAGAGAGAGAGAGAGAAAAAAGACUGUUGCUUGUGAUUUUUAAUUUUUAUUUUUUUCUUCUACUUUUGCCAUAAGUUUACUUCGUUGUGACAAUUUCUUGUUUUUUAUUUUAUUUUAUUUUAUUUUAUUUUAUUUUACUUUUGUUUCUGCUUUUUUUUUUUCUUUUCUCGUCUUUUUUAUUGGUGCGCGCCAUCGUAUAGAAUACAAAAGAGAAAUUUAUUCGUGUGUGAUUGUUCUUUUUUCUUUUUGUUUUGUUUUCCACCUCAACGAGAUCGAGAGUUCAAGAUUUUUUUUUUUAACUUUUUUUUUAUUUUGCAGAAGAAGCGAUGCGUCAGACGAUCUAGCGAUCAUGAACAAGACAGAAUUGAACAUAGUUCUUAGCACGGAACCUCCGAGGACGACAACAGCAGCAGCAACAACGAACGUAAUUCAUUCUCACAUUCCUGUACCGAGGAUAACGAACAUUCAAGCAAAACCACAAGAACAACGAUGUUCACCAAUAAGAAGAGGUUCUUUCGAAAAACUUGGUAGAACAACCUCGGUGGCCGCUCAAAAAGCUAAUUUUGAGAAACUCGAUGCCUCGGUACAGCUAAGAUCAAAGCAUAACAAUUUAUCGACAUCCAGUAUAGAAAUGCGAAAUGUCGAUGAGAAGACUAAUCCGGUUAAUCCGUUUAAAAAAAAUGAUUAUACCUUUUCGAAAUUAAAUGGCAAUGGUAACAGUAAUACCAACAAUUGUUUCCUCGAGAACAAAUGGAAAAGUAAAUAUGAGGAGUCCGAAAAAAGAAGAAAAUUAUUAUUACAAAAGGGCGAAACUGCAAACAAGGAACACACAGAUUUGGAAAAAAAGUAUCAACAAUUGCAAAGGCAAAAUGGUACUUUGCAAUCGCAGGUUCAGGAAAAGGAAGAAAAGUUAAAUAAAUUGAGGACAGUAUCCGAAGCAGUAUGUAAAGAAUAUGAACAAUUAAAACGUCAAUAUGACAUUGAAACUGGUGCAAUGCAUAAAGCUAUGCAGCAAGCAUCAGAAUGGUAUAAACAAAAUCGUGAAUUGAAACGAAAAUCUCAGAUUAUAGCGCAAAAAUAUUUACAAAUUCAUCCAGGAGGAUCGGUCGAUCUCGAUAUAACCGACGAGGUAGAUUCUAAUUUCGAGGAUUUGGAUCAACUUCGAGAAACGGUCAGAGAACUAAGCCAAGAAAUAGCUAAACUCCAGACUGAUUUAAAUUCGGCACGAUUGCAAGAAUUCGAAGCUCAAGAACAAAUAACACUUUUGACAACUCAAUUGGAAGAGGAAAGAACACUUAGACAAAAAGCCGACGACAAAAUAAACGAGAUGAAAAUGCAAAAGGAAAAUAUGGAAAGAGUUACAAAGAUGGUAGCAAAAGAAGUUCAAGCAUUAAAGACUCAAUGCGAUCGUGAGAGAGAAACAGCUAAAAUAAUGAAAUUGGAAGCUGACAAGGCGCAGAAAGAACGUAACGUUUUGGCUCAUCAAAGUGCUCUCUUAAUGGCCGAAGUUGGCGAUGAUCCAAACGGAAGGUUGUUAACUGUCCUUCAAGAAGUAGAGUCCUUGAAAAGACUAUUGGAGGAGGAACAACAGAAUCAUGCAUCACAGAUUCAGAUGCUACAGGAAAAGUUAGAGGAAAAGGAAUCCAACGUAGAGUUUGAGAUAGUUGAAGAAAAAUUGAAACUCGCUGAAUCCGAAUUAGAUGUUAUGCAACAGAGAGCUGAAAGAGCUGAGAGAUCAGUAGACAAUUUGGAGGAUGUUAUUAGAACUAUGAAAGAAAAAAUAAUUGAUUUGGAAGAAAAAAUUGCUAGACCAAUUCCGUCUUUGUUACUACCACCUCCACCUCCACCACCACCACCACCACCACCACCACCAUUACCUUCCUUAUCGUCAACUGGAAAUGCAACAGUAAAAUUGUUAACGAAGGAAAAAUUGCAUUCUGAGUCUAAUGCAGUUAGCGAUAUGGAAUGCAUGCUUGGAAUUCCCAAGAAAACUUCAGCUGUCACACAACAGCCUGUCAUCGAUGAUAUUAUUAAUCAAAUAAAAGGCGGUCGAUUCACAUUGAAGCAGACGGAUAAACAAAGAGAGGAGGAAAGAAAAAGACGACAGGAAGCAGAAACUGCACCACCAGCUGUAUCAGAAAUGCUCAAUAUAUUGGGAACGAUGAGAAGAAGAGCUAAACCAACAAGACAAUAUCUUCAAGUCACUGACACAAAGACGUAAUUAAUGAGAGGGAAAAAAAGAAAAGAAAAGAAAAGAAAAGAAAAAAAAAAAAAAAAGAAAAAAGAAAAGAAAAAAUGUUUAAUAAAUUAAGUAAAAAAUGUUUGUUUUUUUAAGUUUAUAAAGAAUAUCUCUCCAAGGAGGGCUGUAUUAUUUAUAUUAUUAUAAAAAUGUGUAUUGUUCUUCUUUUUUAUACUGUUGUUAGAUGCGCGUCUUAAAUAAGAAGUUAACGUUUAUAAAAAUGCAAUAAAUAAAGUAAAGGAUGAGAAGAUAUUAAUAUCAAG